AUGGAGAAUAAUGCCGAACGUAGGAGGCCCCUGCCAACAGAAGAGGCACCUACAGAAUUAAUGAGUAAGCUACUGUACUCAGCACUAGUCUGGUCGGUGGCCCUAGUCUUCAAGAGAAACGUCCGAACCAUCCUGAGGCCUCAAAAAACUAUUGCGCUGAGGACAGAGAUGGCGUACAGAACAGUUUCAACAGCGGCGAUCAUGGUUGCGGCCGGGAUCAUACGUGCACACCUUCUUGCUUUUGAACGGACCAGAAGGGAUGAAAUCAGUAGUGAGCCUGAUAGAGCGUCAAUGGAGAAGGAAAUACGUGAAGAGGUAUUCAACAAAUGGCAGUCAGAAUGUUAUCAGGAACCAGACACGGGAAGAUGGACCUGGAGACUUAUCAGGAAUGUGAAGACCUGGUUUAACCGAAAAGGCUGA